UGCACUUAGUUUCCGCACCUCCAAUUAGUGCAAACGUCUACAUCAUCUGUCAAGCCUCGAAUCUAAAUCUAGUUGGAUCAAGUCUCCAAAAAGAGAGCUUAGGAGGUGAACGUUUAGGGACAUGUCUGUACUUUACCGCUUCACAAUCUCUCUCUUAGUUCUUGUCCAACUUUUCAAUCAGUAGCUCUGGGUCAACUUCCCUUUUUCACUUUUCAAUCAGUGAACACUGACUUGAAUCAGGCAAUCUAAUGACAGGUUAUCAUUAUGCUUUAAGGUUCAGCACAGAUUGGUGAUAAACACUAUAGCUCCUUUUCCUUUCUCUUACUGAAACAUUCCAAAAAGGCUAGAAAGCAUGUCCAUUACAGAAUCUCAGCCACCAAAAGAUCACACGCUCCCCCGACCUCUCAGUACCCACAUCCAUCCUUACUUCACAAUUCCCUCUUUAUGGGGGGUACCUUCUUGUGCAAAGAAGUGAUGAAUGCCAUUCCCAGCACAGACGGUUACCCGCGACUCUGCAACCUGUGCAAGGCGGCCUCCUGUGUUUUCUUCUGCCAGAGACACUUGGCUUUUCUUUGUGCUGCGUGCAAUCAGUUAGCCCAUGAAGGAAACACUAGUGAUGCUCAACAUGAGCGCAUUUGGAUUUGCAACGCUUGUGAAAACGCCCCAGCUAGCUUCGCCUGUGAGGCUGAUGCAGCUGUUUUGUGUGCCAACUGUGACAUCGAGAUACACUCAGCCAAUAUGUUAGCUCAUCGGCACGUGCGAGUCCCAAUGACUCCGUUGUUGGGCUCCCUCUAUGGACCUCCCAGCUCCACCCUGGAUCAAAGCACUGAGUCCGAAGGACAAAAGGCUCAUGAGUGCAUUGAAGAAGAUGAAAUCGAUUCCUGGUUGUUGCUUGACUCACCGAGCAUCAAGCCCCAGGAUGAGUGCAAUCCAUUGGAAACUAACGUUGAUCAGAGGCAAAGCAACGGUGAUGGUGUCGUGCCAGUUCAGUUGAUGGAUUCCACAGCCCAACAGAAUGUCUGCUGGGACAAGAAGGAUGGAAUAGGAAAAGAUGCUUUCAUCAGCAACCCUUCAAGCAAAGAUAAUGUUUCUCGUUCACUUUUCCAUGCCAGCAUGUCAAGGCCACAAACAAUUAGUGAGAUCUCAAAUUCAUAUCCCAGGCUUCCAAUUGGGACGCCGGAAAUGUUCUUGAACCCUCCACUCUUAAGGCCAUUUCAGAAUCCUACUGUAAAUAGGGAGGCCAAGGUUUUGAGAUACAAAGAGAAAAGGAAGGCGAGGAAGUUCGAUAAGAAAAUAAGAUACGCCUUGAGGAAGACCUACGCGGACAGUCGUCCUCGAGUCAAAGGCAGGUUUGCUAGGAGAUCAGCCACGGAUCUAGAAGUAGAUCAGAUGUUCUCAAUGGAAGACUAUAAUUAUGGCUUCAUUUCACGUAUUAAGUUUUGUUAAAGAGAUAGAGAUCUGCUUGAGCUAGUAAGAGAAACAAUUAUUGUCUGCACCAUCUCCUGGUGAUAUUGCAAUCAUCGCAUGCGAACUACUUGGAUUGAUGUAAAUCAUGUAUAAGUUUCAGAUUUGCAUAAUCAUUUAGCUAUUUCACAUUUGUUUUCAGCUUCUUUUUCGCGAUCAUAACCAAAACAAAGAAGGUCAGUCUUACAACUUUCUGGGUCCUUGCUAAAUCUUUUGGUAUUCUAACUUAAUGCUGUUCUGACUAGAGCAAUGAAG